AUGGCCGCGAUGCUGAGCCUCGUCCUGCUGCUGGUGGCCGGCGGUGUCCGCGCUGCGGUGCUGCCGGACUCCCGGGUGGUCAAUGGGCAAGAUGCAGAGCCCUACAGCUGGCCCUGGCAGAUCUCGCUGCAAUACGAGCGGGACGGCACCUUCCGCCACACCUGCGGGGGAACCUUGAUCGCUGCCAACUGGGUGAUGACGGCCGCGCACUGCAUCUCCAACUCCCGCACGUACCAGGUGGUGCUGGGCGAGUACGACAUGAGUGCCGGGGAGGGCCCCGAGCAGCGCAUCCCCGUAAACUCCGAUGACAUAUUCGUGCACCCCAAGUGGCUCAGCUUCUGCGCGGCCUGUGGCAAUGACAUCGCCCUGAUGAAGCUGCAGCGCCCGGCGGUGCUCUCGGCGGAGGUGCAGGUGGGGCGGCUGCCACCCGCCGGCUCCAUCCUGCCCAACGGGUACCCCUGCGUGCUCAGCGGCUGGGGACGGCUGACCACUGGGGGGUCACUGCCGGACCGGCUGCAGCAGGCAGAGCUGCCUGUGGUGGACUAUGAGCACUGUACCCAGCCUGACUGGUGGGGAGCUGUGGCCAUCCGCCAAACCAUGAUCUGUGCUGGCGGCGCCGAGAAGGCCGGAUGCAAUGGUGAUUCCGGGGGCCCCCUGAACUGCCAGGCUGAGGAUGGGACCUGGGAGGUCCAUGGCAUCGCCAGCUUUGUGUCGGCCCUGGGCUGCAAUGCCGCCAAGAAACCCACUGUAUUCACCCGUGUGUCCGCCUUCGAGGACUGGAUUGCAGAGACCAUGAGAGACAACUGA